AGGGGGCAGGGCUAAUCCUUAAAGGAGCCGCGACCCGUUAGCAGACCAGAGGGUGACCUGGAUGAUGGCGGCCGGCACGGCCCUAGCCCUGGCCCUGGCCCUGUGGCUACUACUGCUGCCAGUGGGAGUGGGUGGGGUGGGACCCCCGCCGAUCCAGGACGGCGAGUUCACGUUUCUGUUGCCCGCAGGGAGGAAGCAGUGUUUCUACCAGUCCGCGCCGGCCAACGCAGUCCUCGAGACCGAGUACCAGGUGAUCGGAGGUGCUGGGCUGGACGUGGAUUUCACGCUGGAGAGCCCUCAGGGUGUGCUGUUGGUCAGCGAUUCCCGCAAGGCUGACGGGGUGCACACGGUGGAACCCACGGAGGCCGGGGACUACAAGCUGUGCUUUGACAACUCCUUCAGCACAAUCUCCGAGAAGCUGGUGUUCUUUGAACUCAUCUUCGACAGCUUGCAAGAUGACGAGGAGGUCGAGGGCUGGGCAGACGCUGUGGAGCCCGAGGAGAUGCUGGAUGUCAAAAUGGAGGACAUCAAGGAGUCCAUUGAGACCAUGAGGACCCGGCUAGAGCGCAGCAUCCAGAUGCUGACACUGCUGCGGGCCUUUGAAGCACGUGACCGCAACCUGCAGGAGGGCAACCUGGAGCGAGUCAACUUCUGGUCAGCUGUGAACGUGGCCGUGUUGCUACUGGUGGCUGUGCUGCAGGUCUGCACGCUCAAGCGCUUCUUCCAGGACAAGCGCCCCGUGCCCACAUAGCUCCUGCCCCGAGAGGAAGAACGGGGAAAGAGGAGGGGCAGCGGGUAGUGUGUGAUUUGGGGGUCCCUCCCCAACUUAGUUUCCUGCAGGAGGGGAGGCUGUGCAGCUGGGGCCUGAGCUGUGGCCCAGUGUAUCUCAUCCCUUCCCAGGUGGGCAGGGAAAAUCACUGGCUUGCAAGCCCGGGCCCUGCAGGAUGGGUGGCUCGGUGGUCACACCUACUUUCCUGGAAAUCAUGGAUGAUGGAACUCAUGGAUGGAUGGAUGUUCUGCCCCCCCCCCCCGCCACUGUAAAUGUGCCUUAGCUCAAGUCUUCCAGCUUGCAUUGGUGCGGGAGGGGACCCAGGAAGCCCUCUUUCCCCUGUUCUUUCCCACCUGGGCCCUCUGAGCCAGGUCAUGGUGGGAGGGGGGCCUACUGCUUGUUGAACCCUGAGCCUUCCUUUCUCUCCUAGGAUGGGGGAGGCCUGCUCAUGCCAGGGGCCAGGAAGGAGACACGGCUGCAGAGUUCUUGCCAGGAUAGUCACUUUAUUUGACAAGAAGG